CACUGGGGAUGUAGAGAUCAUUAAGAAUAACAUGGACCAAAUCAGACCAAAAAGCUGGGAAAGAUGUGAUUCAUGGGUCUAAUUGCAACAAAAGAUUAUAUGAAAAUGAAUGAUAGAGCCUGAAGAAAUGGUGAAAGGUGCAGAUGAUCAUCCGAAUCUAGAAGGUUGCAAAGCCAUAGGGCACAUUUAGAAUACCAAAGACAACGGAGAUAUACAAUAUUAAUGCUUUACGGACCGUAGAUCUUGACUAAGUUAGCUACGAAUUAAUUCAAUAUUAGAGAAUAUGGCACCAGUCAAGAAAGGAAAACAACCUCACCAGCUUAAAAAAGAAACUGAAUCAGAUAUAAAGGAGGUGAAUAAUAACUCUGCAGCUGGCUGUGAAAAAAUUCCAUCAUGGACACCACCAACAAUAUUUCAGUUAAAGAGUAAGGAGGAUGGAGAACAUGUUUAUAAAUUUGAUGCAGGCACAUCACAGCAGCAAACUUCAAUUUCAUCCGUAACUAUAAAGACACGUGAUAACUAUUCAAGUGAAAAUACAGAAUCGGAUGUAUUAACUCCAAAGUUGAGAGCAAGAAGGGGUCGGCCAAAAAGAAUAAAUACACCGCAGCCAUUGGUGAUAGGUAGUGAAUCAUCAAAUGAUACUACAAGUAUCACUACAGAUUCGAUAUUAAAGUUUAUUAAGCCUCCACCCAAAUGCAGCUAUAUCACACGCAGCCUUCUUAAAAAAUUGAAAACAUCGAAGCUUAUAAAUGUGACCAAUGAUGAUUCUGAGCUAACAAGAGAGAGAACUAAAUGUACGUCUAUGUAUGAAGAAAAUCUGGUGAGAAAGUCACCAAAUUCAAAGUUAGUAGCGACGAGUUCUGAAGCUUCAAUUGACUCAAAAGAUUUCAACUUUGCUAGUUUAAAAGUAAUGGAUUCAAAACCAAAAAUGGCGAAGUUAAACUCCAAACGUAAAUGCAACCGGAAGGACCGAACAUCAUGGAGGAAAUCACAAAAAUUACAGCCAAGUGAUAAACUGGACACUGCAAAUGAAGAUAUAUUGAUAGUAUCUCAAUUGGGAAAUAAUUUCAUAUCAAGGACUGAGGUAUGCAAAACUACAUGUACAUAUGAAUGUAGAGGAAAACUUUCUGAUCAUUCUAACGACUCAUUAUCAGAUGGUACGAACAAAGUAGACUCAAUAUCGACGUCCAUGAAGUCACAAAUUGAACUUAUUUAUCAAGAAACAAAUAAAUUGCAAAGCAACCUUGUGCGAUCUGAAACAGUGAAUAUAAGUAUUAUUCCAGAAUCUCAAUCUAAAAUAAACGUUUCAAAGCCACAGGCAGUGAAAUGUAGAUCUAAAAAGGCAGUUGACAAACAAAAGACUUAUGGAUCAUUGGUGGUAAAUCAAAAUUCUUCAGUUGGUUCUGUAGAUUUAUCAUCCACUAGUUGCAUAGAAUCAGAUUCAACAUUGCACGUACUGACGGCAAAAGUCAAACGUACACGUCAGCCAAAAAAAAGAGUACGAAAAAAUCUUAGAAAGUCAAAACAAUUAGAACGAGCUACUAUUCUCACAUGCCAAGUUGAAAAUACAUAUCCAACAACUGGAACUACAUCUGAUUCAACAUCAGGGACAUCGAAGUCGGAUGAUGUGAUGGUCAAAUAUUUGCCAAAGCCUGUAGUCAGACGUCAAAAAAUGCAAAUAUCAUCAAACGAAGAAGAGACGGGCGAAGUUGAAAACACAUAUCAAGCAACUGGAACUAUAUCUGAUUCAACAUCAGACACAUCGAAGUCAGAAAUAGUGAUGGCCGAAUGUUUGCCAAAGCCUGUAGUCAGACAUCCAAAAAUGCAAAUAUCAGACAAAGAAGAGACGGACAAAGUUGAAAACACAUAUCCAGCAACUGGAACUUUAUCUGAUUCAACAUCAGACACAUCAAAGUCAGAAAUAGUGAUGGCCAAAUGUUUGCCAAAGCCUGUAGUCAGACAUCCAAAAAUGAGAAUUUCAUCAAGUGAAGAAGAGACUGGCAAAGUUGAAAACACAUAUCCAGCAACUGAAACUAUAUCCGAUUCAACAUCAGACACAUUAAAGUCGGAAAUAGUGAUGGCCAAAUGUUUGCCAAAGCCUGUAGUCAGACAUCCAAAAAUGAGAAUAUCAUCAAACGACGAAGAGACUGUCAAAGUUGAAAACACAUAUCCAGCAACUGGAACUAUAUCUGAUUCAACAUCAGAGACAUGGAAGUCAGAAAUAGUGUUGGCCAAAUGUUUGCCAAAGUCUAUAUUCAGACGUCCAAAUCUGGGAAUAUCAUCAAAUGACGAAGAGACUGGCAAACUUGAAAACACAUAUCCAGCAACUGAAACUAUAUCUGAUUCAACAUCAGAGAUAUCAAAGUCAGAAAUAAUGAUGGCUGAAUGUUUACCAAAGUCUGUAGUCAGACAUGAAGAAAAGCAAAUAUCAUCAAACCAAGACGAGAUGGGCGAUACGCAUGUUCUUGAGAUUGGACAUGUGUCCUUAGAUCGUUUUCUAGCUACUGAUGCUGUGUCUAAAAAAAUGCCAAACCUAAAUAAUCAAAUGACACACAAAUGUCAAGCAGCCAAGAAACAAAUGAAUUCUCAGACCCCCAAAACAAAUGGCAAAACUUUGCGUGAGAUAGAGUUUACACCUUCGGAGAAUAACACAAAUUUUGCUGUAACAAUAAACCCAAGUACACCAAAAAGGACACGAACCCGGAAACGCACCAGAGUACAAAAGAACCUGAUGAAUUCGACAGUCGAAGAGAUGGAAUAUCAUCCAGUAAUUGAGGCCGAAAGUUCUGUGUAUGAGUCAGGUAGAAGAAGAUGUUCAGCCGAACAUAAUACGAAAGAUACAAAUAAGAAUGAGUGUGUAUCCACUAAAUGUAAAGAACAAUUGAAUUUAAUUUCCGAUGUAGUCAAAAUUGAGGAUCUUUUACAUUCAAAUUUAUACCAACCAAGAGUUUUACUCCAUGACAUCGCUUACGAUAAGGAAUUGCCGCAAAAACAUAGGGACAUGCUUCUGAGAAAAAGCACAUCACGGGACGUCGUAAAAUUAAAAAAUUUACUAAAUUCAACCACCACUCCGAAUACCAAGCAGUCGAUCAAAUGUGAUAAUUCUGGAGUUUCUUCUAAGUCUUGUAAUGAGAAUGAUCAAUCACUGACAUCUUUGGAUACCAAUUUGAGCGCCCAUAAGCAUAAAUGUUCAAAUCUUCAAGAACAAGAUCUACAGAAGCCAUUUCUGUUAAUGCACCCUGGACCAAUAGAGUCUGUGCGUGGUAGAAAAAGUAGUAGCACAGUAAGUGAUACCGAUUUUCUGUCUUCAUUGAUUGUAUAUCCUCUGAACCGACAAAAAGUUUCUUUGUCAACUGGAUUACCUUUAGAACCAUGCAGUCCGACUAAGAUAAAUCAUACCGAAAUAAACCUAAUGGAACCUAUUAUGACUCAUCAAGAAGAUAAUCUAACGGAACCAAUUUUUAAAAUAGAAGAUAUUCAACUCCCAUUGGACUUGCGUGUCAAUGCUUCAAUAACUUCUGUGAAGAAUGAAGUAGAUUUUUUACUAUGCAACGAUAACUCAGUUAAAAUAGGUUCCUCUAACUUCAAUUUAACGAAUAAUAUUGAUGAACACAACGAUGAAAAGAUAAUGCUUUCCCAUUCAAAUCUACAGGCUGCAGAAAAUAUUCAACUAAGAUGUACUGACUCAAUAUGUAACCCAAAUCGAACGCCCGUAAAGUCUGAGAAAUUGAAUUUGUCAAACGGCUUGUCAGUGAAGGUAUCCAUACCAAUAUAUUUUACAGACACAAAUUCUGGGCAGAUGGUUAAAGUUAUAGAGCAUGAAAAAUUGGCACCAGCUAACGAAAGCGAAACCCACAGUUCUCUCAAAUUGUUAGAAACCCACCAACUAAAUGGUAAUGAGACUGUGGAGUUAAUUUCAGAUGAAAAAUGUAACAUAACAUCCAACUUGACAGAAGAUCACAAAUCAGCAGAUGAAGACAAUAAUAACCAUGACAAUAUUGGGCUAACAACAACAUUAGACCUAAUCAACAUAGAAGAUGAUAAUGGGAGCUGUUUUGCAGGCGCACUGAAAAACUCCAGCGCCGAUAUUUUCUCUCUACCAUACAACCAAGUAGCAGCACGGCCUAUACAACAGUCAACGCCUAUCAGAAAAAAAUGGCCCAAAAUUGUCAAAGACGAGAUUCUCCCCAAAGGUACAAUAAGAUUACCUUCUAGAAAAUGUGUGUCACUAGAAUUAUUUGAAGCUGACACUAAGGACAGAACGCAUCUGAAUGAUGUGGACGAUAUUAGCAGAAAUCAAGAAUUGCUAAUUGCAUUUAACGGUCAUUCAGUAGAACAAGAUGGCAACAAUGAUAUACAGUCGGAACACAGCCGGAGGAAACAAGGUACAGACCAAAUUCCUAGCACAGGUGCACAACCCUUUGAUGACUCAAAGUUACUGGAUUAUUGUCCUGAGUUAGCUACACUUCUUUCCCCCCAUAAUUCUACCAAGAAUAAUAAUAGCGAAAUUAUGUUGUCAGAUACUGAUUUCUUUAACGAUAACAGUAGAAUGAACAACAAUGCUAUGUCAGUUCCACGUGCAGUGAAAACUGAAACAAGUGUGGAUAACGUCGAUCUAUCGCUAAACGAUAAUGUUCGUAUUUCUAGAAGUAAAAACGAAAUUGCGAAUACUUUCCGGGGUGUCGUUGCUUCGAGUGUUGAUUACGCUGAUAGUAAAAUUGAUGCGGAAUCGUCUAAAGUAAUCAAUACUGAGUCAACAAGAAAGCCAUCUCCAGUUAUUGCUGAGCUGACAAUUGCUAACUUGAGAAAUUUUACAAAAAUCUCGAAUACUACUGCUAAAUCUGAACUCACCUGGUGCUUUGAAACGCAUCAGUACUAUUCUUUGCAUAAAGAUGAUGAAAAAUGUAAAUUACUUUCGGAAGUUAAUGAACUACCAGAUAAUCAUAAUGAUUUUAGCGAGGCUACGAAAUCGGAAUUAGAAAAUCAAACUCAAUCUCUUCCGGUGAAAACGAAACAGCGAAAACGGAAGUGGAUAAGUGAUAAUAGUAAUAAAGAUCAGGAUCCUGCACCGUUCAGUGGGAACAGAAUACAAUUGAAAAGAAACAGAUGGAGUGUCAGUGGUCCACAAGAUCUUGAAAGUACGAUCAAUUUUCACAAAUCAAACUUGGCUAAAUCAAAUGCUUCUAGUGUUUCUAGUGGUUCAAGCACUGGUGUGGAAAAUAAACAGUCAUCUAAGAACAGCAGUUCAUCAAAAAAACUUGUUGUUCCCAGAAACAAUGAAAUUCAACAAUUGGAUCUAAAAACUGAAAAUUUGAUGGCAAAUAUUAAUAUUCUUCCUACCUCCUUUGAUAAAACUAAUAUUGAUAAUAAUUCUGAAGCAUCUAAAUAUGCCUUCUGUGAAGACAAUAUUUUACCAAACUGGUCUUUGACAUCUGCAAAAGAUACUGAGGGUUGUAAUUGCAACAGCGACUUCGACAAGGAUAGAAAUUUAACAAAUUCAGUAUUGGCAAGUCCGUUAUCUUCUCGAAAUUCGGUCACGAAUAUUCAGGGGCUUGAUAGGUUUACUCCGUCAAAAGAAAUAGAUGGUCAAAAUCCAGGAAAAGGUGACAUCGGACUGACCAAAGACCAGUCCACAAAUGGAAGGACAAAAGAAGAUUUAGACUAUGAAUAUGACGAUUGCAUUUCUUUAUUUGCAGAAUCUAUAGUGAUAACAAAUGUUGAUCAGAGCUUAAAUUUCAUGGAUGAUCCCAAGAGGUCACCUUGUGACACCAAAAAUUCAUCAGAAAAAACGUAUGAAGAUAUAAAAAAUUUUGGUGCCUAUUAUAAAAAAAAUUUAGAAGAAUGCAACGCAGCCUAUGAAUUAGGUCUUGAAACUGAAGGGAAUGGAUGUACUACUUCGAACAUUAUAGUGCCGUCUACCACUGAAAAUAACAACAAUUGCUUGAAUUUUAACGAUAAUUCAUUGAAUACUGUUCCAGUGCCUCAGAUGAACGCACAAUAUUCUGAAUCCAAAUUCUCUUCAGCAAUAAAUCCCCCUAUAUCAAAUCUUAAUAGUUCUUCAAAUAUGAGAGAUAGACUUGGCAUCAAACAAGAAACACGAAAUGUUGUCUCUACUUUUACACCAAGAAUCUUCUGCGCGCAUUGCUUCCACUUUCUGAAGUUUGGUUUCUGUAGGAGAAAAAAAUGCAAGUUCGUACAUAAUCUGACUUCAAGUCUACAAAACCUUGAUCAGAAAGAUCUGGACUAUAUCAUCGAAGUAAUAGGCUAUUCAGAAAUCCAUGGUUACACACAUUUCACCAACAAUAUAUACCGUCAACUUGUUACCAGGAUGGAUGCUCGUAAUAUCCUUGAGUUGUUCUAUAAAUUGUACUCUACCAGACAACUCAAUGAGCAUCUCGUAAACUGUACAGUACAAGCUUUAAUCGAAACUGGAAUGUCUUUGCAGACUAUUGUAAGUGAUACGGCAUUACUGCUUGAUGAAAACGACGUCGAUUUAGUAGAAUAUCUUAUAGACUUUAUCAGUGACAUGAUCCAGCCAGGCACCUAUUGGAAUACAUUUCGCGAUUUACUGAUCAAAAUAACUCCUUCGGAGAGAACGAUUAUCAGAGUGAUACAUGAAUUAUUCGAAACCAAUAAGGACAAAUCACAUAUUGAAGAUGUAUACAUAAACUUUAUAAACAAACUUAGGCCGAAUCAAGUAUCAAUGAUGAACAUCAAUCUUAGAAACCGGCUCCAUUUCAUACUCAUGAAAAAUGAUAUCAUUCAAAGAAACAAUCAACAUUCCAAUACUCUAUUUUAUACUCAAAAUGACAGCUCAAAUCGUAUGUUGCAAACUAAUGUCUGUAGAGACAUUAAUCGAGAACGAAUUGAGAUACCUAGCAUACUCUCACCUGAUAGUACACAAUAUAGUGACAAUGGAUUACUGAUACCUCAAACGAGUCAGCGACCUAGUUUACAAGGACCCGUUAACACACAGUCCUUGUUCAUAAGCCGAGAUGAUAGCCCAAAAAGUAUAACAGCUGAUCCGAACGUUGUCAACCAAAAGAGAGAUACUGAAAUACGAAGCAAUCCUCCAGAUGUACAGUUCUCAGCCACUUCAAGUAUCAAAACAACUAAAUCUGAAGCUGCUGAUUUAACCAGUGAUUCUUACAAGGUCCAUCUGAUAGAUGAUUUGAAAGAGCCACAGUCGGUGUACAGAAACCGCCACUGGCAGUUUCACCUUGAUAUGACGAUCAUACAAGAAUCAUUGAAGCACCAAGACUACGAAGGGGUUUUGAAAAUCCUCAACAAAUAUUCAGAUGCGGUGGAAAGAACACUCUUCACUACAAGCUGUUACAGGAUGUUGCACAAAAAUGUGAUGAUGUCAGCACAUCAUAUGAAGAACAUGAUAAAGUUGUCAGUCCGGAUGGGGGUCAAUAAAUCCCUGAGUCAAACGUUAUUCAACUUGGGAAUGUACACGAUGAUCGAGUUGUGUGAUGCUGGUGCAUGGGUAAUUGCGUACAGUUUAUUCAAGCCCUUGCAAGCCACUGGCUUAAUGGAAAAUAUUGCCGAAUAUGCACUGAUAUCUGCUGAAAUCUAUAUAGCUAACGGACGUCCGUUGAAGGCUUUCACCAUAUUGAAACAAAGCAACAUGUUUUAUACAAAUCGAAGUAAGUGGCUCGUUACUAGCAAUCCAAAUGACGAACGGCUUAGAGUCAUGAUACUAAGUUUGUUGUUAGACGUUUUAUGUCAGGACUUGCCUGAGCAGGCAUUUUAUAUUUUCACGUACUUGCUUGGAGAUCAAAGUCGUAUUUAUCAUCCCAUAGAUCUUACUGCAUAUACAGAUAAACUUGUGACCAGUAUUCUAAACGGAAAGUGUAACGAAUUGGUGCCGGAAGUAGCAAGAACAAUUAUCGAGUAUAACUUCUCAUUGAGCAAUUCAGUGUUCCAGUCUCUAGUCAUAAACUUAUUUAAGAAGGAUUUGAAACGAUGUAAACAGCUUUAUCGCUAUGGCACAUGGCUUGGGGUGUAUCCGAUAGUGAGGUUGACGGUUCCCCUCUGCAUAUUAAUAAAGACAAAUUGGGCGAGAGAAGAAAUAUAUUUGGCAGUUGUAAGCUUCUUAGAGAAAUUAUGUAUGGAUAUAGGACAUGCUGUUGAUCAAAUUCGCCCGAAUCAAUUUUCAAUACAUUUAGUCUUUGAGCUCACUCCAUUCGAACACCAGCUGCUUGAUAAUGAAGAUCAGGUUUGUAACAGCGAUGAACUAAACCGGAGUAAAAAACUCAUGAAAACUGUUCUACAAGAAGAAUUCAAUCCCCCGUUGAAAACAAUGUACAAGGAGCGAGAAAGAUUCAUGAAAUUACAAAGUCGCACAGUUGUCAACUAUUUGAAAAGUAUGAAUGCAUUACAGUGACCUUCCCUGCACUUGGAUUUGAUUCCAAGAGUCAA